AUGUAUUGGAAUAUGGAUAUGGUUGGAAGAGGUGUUGAUGAAUUAUCUUCAUUGAUGACAAAAUCUAGGAAUACAUGCAAGUUUUGUACUUUUGAUUACAGAAGAAGACAACACCAAUGUACACAACAAACACAAAAAGCUCCAAGCAAACAAACAACACCACCAAAAUCUUCAAACAUGGCUUCAAGUUGGUGUCAUCAUCAUCAAAUCUCACCAAUUCCAACUCUUCUAUUAUUCUUUCUUCCUCUUCUUCUUCUUCUUGGUUCAGUCCAUUCUUCUUCUUCUUCUUCUUCUUUACAACAAGCCAAUCAGACUAGAUUACGGCCAGAACAAGAGUUACUCAAAAUGAAAUUCAUAAAGGCUCGUCUCAAAAAUAUCAACAAGUCUCCACUCAAGACAAUUCAGAGUCCAGAUGGUGAUAUUAUAGAUUGUGUUUUGUCUCAUCAACAACCAGCUUUUGACCAUCCUCAGUUGAAAGGACAAAAGCCAUUGGAUCCACCAGAUAGACCAAAAACUCAAAAAGAUCAUCAUUUUAAUGAUAUGGAGUCAGAAAAUGAAAAUUAUCAGUUAUGGAGUUUAUCAGGAGAAUCAUGCCCAGAAGGAACAAUUCCAAUAAGAAGAACAACUGAGCAUGAUAUGCUAAGAGCUAGCUCUGUUAGAAGAUUUGGAAAGAAACUUAGAAAACAUAUUAGAAGAGAUUCAGGCAGCAAUGGCCACGAGCAUGCAGUUGGGUAUGUGAGUGGAGAAGAAUAUUACGGGGCAAAAGCCAGCAUAAAUGUGUGGGCACCUCGAGUUUUAAGUCAAUACGAAUUCAGCUUAUCACAAUUGUGGGUCAUUUCUGGUUCAUUUGGUGAUGAUCUCAAUACCAUCGAAGCUGGUUGGCAGGUUAGUCCGGAGCUGUAUGGGGACAACUAUCCUAGAUUUUUUACCUACUGGACGUCGGAUGCAUAUCAAGCCACUGGAUGCUAUAAUUUGCUAUGUUCAGGCUUCGUUCAGACAAAUAGUAAAAUUGCUAUUGGAGCUGCAAUUUCUCCAACUUCAUCUUACAAUGGUGGACAAUUUGAUAUUAGCUUAUUGAUUUGGAAGGAUCCGAAGCAUGGAAAUUGGUGGCUUGAAUUCGGGUCGGGUGUUCUUGUCGGGUACUGGCCAUCAUUUCUAUUCAGUCGGCUAAGGGAUCAUGCAAGCAUGGUACAAUUUGGGGGUGAAGUGGUAAAUUCAAGGGCUUCUGGUUAUCACACAGGGACCCAAAUGGGAAGUGGUCACUUUGCAGGAGAAGGCUUUGGAAAAGCCUCUUACUUUAGAAAUUUACAAGUGGUUGAUUGGGAUAACAGCUUGGUACCUUUAUCAAAUCUCAAAGUCUUGGCUGAUCAUCCAAACUGUUAUGACAUACAAGGGGGUAUUAAUAAUGUGUGGGGGAAUUAUUUUUACUAUGGUGGACCUGGAAGAAAUGUGAGGUGUCCCUAAGGGAAACUAAAUAUUUAUUUCCUAUAGAAUCUGCCCUUUAUUAAUUUCUUAUUUUUUUAUAUAUAAUUAAUUAUAAAUAUAAAUAUAAAUAUGUGUUUUUUAUUA